GGCAGCCGGUGUGUCCGGCAGCGCCUGGACUUGGCGGCCGCGGGAGCCGGAGCUCGGAGCCAUGCUGAGGAGCUGCGCCGCGCGCCUGCGCGCCCUGAGCGCCCUGCCGGGACGCGCGCACUGGCCUGCGAGCCCGCCGGGCCCGGCGCUGAGGUUAUUUUCUUCUGAGAAAGACACUCUGAGGGACUAUUCUCUCCCCAACCCCAGCUGGAACAAGGACAUAAGACUCCUCUUUGACCAGUUCAUGAAGAAAUGUGAAGAUGGCUCCUGGAAACGUUUGCCUUCUUAUAGACAUUCAGUUUUUGAGAUAGAGAGAGACCCAAAGGCCCAGAUGUUCACAAGAAGCCUCGAGGAAGGCAUGGGCUUCGAAUAUGUGUUGUUCCACAAUGACACCGAGAAAAGGAUGGUUUGCUUGUUACAAGCAGGUCCUCACCUGCAGGGAAACCAUGGGUACGUUCAUGGAGGUGCCAUUGCGACCAUGAUCGAUAUGACUGCUGGUUCAUGUGUAUUUGUAACCGGAGGAUUUGUCAUGACUGCCAAUAUGAACAUCGAUUAUAGAAGACCCAUCCCCCUUUAUUCUGUUGUUGUGAUAAACAGCCGAAUUGAUAAAAUUGAAGGGAGGAAAUAUUUCGUUUCCUGUGAUAUUCGGAGUGUUGACAACAAGACCCUCUACACAGAAGCGACACUCUUAUUCGUAAAACCUGAUCCCAACAAAAGUUCAAAAUGAACCUGGCGAUAUCCACACCACGUCGGGCCCUCCCAGUUCCUGAUGAAGCCACACUGCUGACUCCGGACCAGGACGCCAGGGGCUCACCUCCCACCUUCCGAACUCGUAACCCAGACUCCUGAGAUGUAUGUGAGCCCCUCGGAGUUGUGCCCCGCUGCAGACAGAAGACAAGACUUGUGUUGAAACUUUUACUGAAAAUGUAGAAAUGGUAGAAAAUGAAGCAAAGGAAUGGACACAUGGGGCGUGGGGAGAUGCGCACGCAUGCAUGGGUGCCCGUUGAGAGCCUCGAAGCUAGCUGUGCUGUAUCUGAACAAACACAUCUUUUUUGGCCAGAGUAGGAAACUUCCUGUACUUGUUCCUAUAGGGAUGAAUACCUCAACGCUGUCAUCUGGGUUUCUAAGAAAUAAACACUGCCAUUGUUAA